AUGUCGGCUGACAGACUGAGCAGCGUGUCAAAGGAGGUGAAGCCAGAGAGCGUGUCGCUGUAUCCUCUGGGCACAUCAGCUACCCCUGAGCAGGAGCUGCUGUGUAUCUUUGGGACAGGAGACUUAGGGCGCUCUCUGGGCCAGCGUCUGCUCCAUUCUGGCUACAGGGUGGUGUACGGCAGCCGCAGGCCUCAAAGCUGUGGCCCGUUGCCUCAAGGAGCUCAGGCAAUGAGCCAUGAAGCAGCAGCCCAGUCAGCUAGUCUGGUCUUUCUUUGUAUUCACAGAGAACACUACGACUUCCUGGAAAAACUUGCACCUCAACUCGAGGGAAAGGUGCUGGUGGACGUCAGCAACAACCUCAAGAAGAAUCUAUACCCAGAGGCCAAUGCUGUGUGUCUGCAGAGGCUGAUCCCUGGAGCUCAUGUUGUGAAGGCUUUCAACACCUUGUCUGCGUGGGCCCUGCAGAAUGGACCCUCAGAUGCCAACAGACAGGUGUACCUCUGUGGAAACGGUGCUGAGGCAAAGCAGGCAGUAGCAGAGGUGGCCACCAAACUUGGCUUCGCUGCUUUGGAUAAAGGUUCUCUGUCAGCAGCCAAAGAGCUAGAGGACUUCCCACUGCAGCUGUUCCCAGAAUGGAGGCUGCCGCUAUGCGUGGCCGUCGGCCUCACUGCCUUUAUCUUUGUCUAUGUGGUCAUUAGAGAUGUCGUCUAUGCAUAUGUUGAACAGGGGAAAGACAACUCAUUCAGAAUCAUGGUGUCCCUGGCCAACAAGGUGUUUCCCAUUGUGUCUCUCAUCAUGUUGUCUCUGUGUUACGUGCCUGGUGUCAUAGCUGGCUUCAUUCAGCUCUACAGAGGCACCAAGUACAGGCGUUUUCCUGACUGGUUAGAUCGCUGGAUGCUGUGCAGGAAACAGCUGGGACUGGUAGCACUUGGCUUUGCUUUUCUACAUAUGGUCUACACUCUCAUCAUCCCCAUAAGAUAUUAUGUGAGAUUUUGGGGUUCUGCAAAUACCAUCUCACAGAUCAAGGAGAACCGCACGUCAGUGUUUGACACCACCACAGCCUGGCGUUCAGACUCUUACUACUCUAUGGGAAUUCUGGGAUUUGGCCUGUUUCUCCUGUUGGGAAUAACCUCUCUCCCCUCUGUCAGCAACGCUCUCAGCUGGAGGGAGUUCAGCUUCGUGCAGUCCAAGCUGGGAUACCUGACUGUGUUCUUCUGUACCCUUCACACCUACCUGUACGGCUGGGACAAGUUCCUUCGUUCUUACAAAUGGCACAUGCCUCCGGCCUACAUGCUCUCUCUGGUGUUGCCUUCUGUGUUGAUAGUGCUCAAGCUGCUGCUCCUCCUGCCCUGUGUGGACCGCAGCCUCACCCGCAUUCGACAGGGCUGGGAGAGGACUAACACGCAGGAAGGCAGUGAGAAACCACUGCUAACAUAAACACUAUUACGGACACAAAAAUAAUCUAAUGCACAGAAAAAAGCCCACACAAAGACACCACAUUGACUUACCUUCUAAGAGCUCUAUUAUCAAUUAACCCCAGCUCAUUGUUUUGCAGAACAGUAAGUGAUUAUUGUUUUGCUCUUUAUUGUCAACAAAGUCAACAAAGGCAAAUGAUUGAAACUCCUUUCAGUCUCUCUUUGUGUAAUCAUCUUUGAAUUCAUCCAUUUUGCAAAGAUAGCAUGUGAUACAAUGGUAGAGUGUAGGCUUUUAUCAGUUAUACAAAUACCUUAGAGCAGUAUACUCAAACUUGGGUGUGGGGACUCCCAGGGGUCUAUGGCACUCUGCCAAAGGGUCUGUCAAAGGUUUCAGUUUAAAUCACAAUGUUUUUUUUUUUUUACAUCACUAAGAAUUUAGAAGUGUAAAAAAAAAUAGCCAUUGUCAAAUUACUCCAAGGGCCAGACAGAGAAGGAAUUGUAAUUGUCUUGUAAGGGGUCCUUGGUUCUAAAAAGAUUGAGAACCUCUGCCUUAGAGAAUCAUAGACAGACGCAUUAAAGUAGCCAUCUUGCAUUUUAACACAAGAGUUGAAUCAUUUUACAAUAACCAUGUACAUCCAGUAUUGUUAGAGAGUCUAACUCUGAGGCAGGCAACUCUGUUGUAUUUCCCAUAAAAUCAACAGAAACAGUUUGACUUUCAUUUUUAUUCGUUGUUUGUAGGCGGCUUAUGUUUAAUCAAUUCACUUUGCAUCCUUUUCUGUAAAUUAUGGUGUUUGGAUCUUUUGUUUUUCCUUAUUGUUGUUGCUUAAUGUCAAGUGUAACCAUUGUUAAAUAAAUGUCAUUGUGACU